AUGGCACGCCAAGCGCAAGUGCCGGGCGGUGCGGAUCCUUUUGAUGACCCAUCCAUAAAAAGUGCCGUGAUGGGCGGCGACGUAGAUGACUUGGAGUCAAAUCCGUUCGAAACGACAUCGCUGAAGCGUGGCGACAGUGUGUACUCUGCGCGAGUGGAUCUGGACGAGCAGGAAGAGAUCUAUCCAACAAGCACACAUGGAACAGCACCAGCGACAACUAUGCGCAUGGAUGAUCUUGAACGCCGCGAACGCGAAAUUGAAGAGCGCGAGCGUGAGCUGGAUGCGCGGACUGAGCGUAUGCGACAAUUCGGAAGGAACAACUGGCCACCGUUCUACCCCAUUGUGUAUCAGGAUAUCGCAGGUGAAAUUCCUCCUGACUCGCAAUGGAUCAUGAAAGACGUGUACCAUCUGUGGCUUCUGCUUGCCGCCACGCUCGUGUGGAACUUUGUGACGUGUCUACUCCUACUGAUUCUUCAGGGAAAAAUCAGUGAUCUGGUCAUGAGCAUCAUCUACAUGGUUGGCGUGGGAGGCGCUAGUUUUUUCCUAUGGUUCCGCCCUUUGUACUACGGUCUUAUGAAGGAACACUCGCUCUUUUACUACGUAUACUUCCUGUUCUGUGGUUGCCACCUGCUUUUUUCUCUUUAUGCGUUCAUUGGUGUAUGGGCCACCGGCUGUGCGGGCGCUCUGAUGACCAUUCGACUCUUGGCAAACAGCCAUUGGGUUACGGGCGCAUUCAGUCUCGUAUCGACGCUUGGCUUUUUCGCGCAAGGCGUUGGUCACUUGUGGUACUACCGGAUCAUCUGGCGUCAUAACCAUGAAAAAGGUCACACGUUCGAUCAGGCCAAGGCCGAGCUCGCAUCUCACGGCAUGCGUGCAUACUUCCUCAACAGUGCACGCAUAUGA